AUGUGGGAAAGCUUCUCCACUUCUAGGAAGGGGGCAUGGCCGCUGCUCUACUUUUGCAUUUGGGAGAGGGUAUUGGUGCCCUCGAGCUUCUCCAGGGCCAACUUGCAGAAAACUUCACCCAAGUCGUCCAGAGGCACAACUCUGCGGUUGAAAGCGGAGCCCAGAGACAGGGAGGUGCGGCAGGCCUGCAGAUGCAGGUCCACAAGGUGCUGGAUGACGGCCUCCACCUCGGGGGAAAUCCAGAUGAAUCUGGAAACUCACGGCUGA